UAUCAGCCUGCGGAGAGCUGACCUGUCGCUGCCUUGGCUCCUUUCAGAGGCUGAAGGCUGCGGUUCACUACACGGUUGGCUGCCUGUGUCAGGAAGUUGCAGAAGACAAAGACAUGCAAUUCAGCAAACAAAGCAUUGCAGCUAUUUCAGAGAUCACCUUCAGGCAGUGUGAGAACUUUGCAAAAGACCUCGAAAUGUUUGCAAGGCAUGCAAAACGAAGCACAGUCACUACAGAAGAUGUGAAGCUUUUGGCUAGAAGGAGCAAUUCAUUGCUAAAGUAUAUCACCCAGAAGAGUGAAGAGCUCACAUCAUAUAACAUGGAAAAAAAGGAGAGCAAGAAAAAGAAGUCCAGUGCAGCUAAGGGAGGCAGAACUUCUGGGGAACAAGCAGCAGCUGAGAGUGAAGAUUCCAACAUGGCAUGA